CAAAUGUAUCGACGGUCUAUCGGUCGACCGCCACAGCUUAUCGGUUAGUAUAACAAAACCGCAAGUAUUUUUUGUUGUAUGCGUUGUUGUUUCUGCAGCAAAUUGAAAUUAUAAAUAAAUCAAGGCACAAAAAGCGCCAAAAGUUAAAAAAACACCAAAACUUUAUUGUAUUGUGCGUAUAGAGAAAAGAGAAAACCUAGCAAGAUGAUGAACGAGGCAGCAGCACUGGCCAACAUGAUACCCUACGACACAAUUGGACUCUACGAGCAACCGAAGCCCCGUUUCAUCUUUAAGAUGCCUCGAGUGGUGCCCGAUCAGAAGUCCAAGUUCGAGAGUGACGAGCUCUUCCGUCGCCUAAGUCGCGAGAGUGAGAUACGCUACACGGGCUAUCGGGAGCGGAGCAUUGAGGAGCGUCAGGUGCGCUUCAUGAACGGAUGUCGCGAGGGACACACGGAGACGAGUUUUGUGGCAUCGGGAACGAAUCUGCAGCUGGUGUUCAAUGCCAAUCAGAAUCCCUAUGUGCACGACAAGGAGUGUGAUUUUGACAAGGAGCACGGCAAGGUGCACAUCAAGUCCUAUUUCAUUAUGAACGGCGUCUGUGUGCGUUUCCGUGGCUGGUUGGAUCUGGAGCGUUUGGAUGGCGUUGGUUGCUUGGAAUACGACGAACGACGAGCCACGCAUGAGGAUUUGAUACUACGUGAUCAGAUUGAUCGCUAUAAUCAGCGGCUGCGCGAGUUUGAGGACACCAAGCGCGCCUACCGCGACAAUCGCCAGGAUGAGAUGGAGGCGGUGCGUCGGGGAGUCGCCUCCGGCGGCAUUGGUGUGGGCGCCAGUAUGUGGCGACGUUAGUUGGACUUUUGGACGGCAGCGUCGCCGUCAACAGCAGCACAGCAACAACAACAGCAGCAUGAGACUCAAUUUGCAAAUACUCAAUACUUUAUGGAUAACUAAGGACUUAGGAUUGCUCUUAUCCAUGUCCAUGUCAGACUCGAAAUGAAUAUGAUCACGGAUAUAUAUAGUUAUUAAAAAACGCUCGAAUAUGCUCCUAGAAUUAGUAUUAACACUUAGUAAACUUGUAUUAAACAUUACUAUUUCAUGUGAAUUAUAGUGACGUAUAUAUUUAUAUUUAAACAGUAUACAAAAUAAACUUACGCAUAAAUAUUUAUAUCA